AUGCCAGCAGACGAGUACGCGUCCGUCGGGGGAGGCGGAGCUCUGAAGCUCAAAGGGGGCAAGGUACAAAAAUCCAAGAAGAAGAAGAACAAGGAAAAGUCCUCCAACCUCGAACGCUCCCUGUCCACCGGCCUCGACCCCACCACAUCCAAGGAGCUUGACAAGAAGGCGCAGCGUCUCCACGGCGACGAAGAAGACGCCGGCAAGCGACACCAGUCCGAUGACGAGGAGGGCACUGUUGAGCACAAGACCGAAGCAGAACGGAGACAUGCCGAGUUCGCCCGGAAGAAGAUGCUGAAGAUGCUCGAUGACCCUACACUAUCGUCCGAACUGCGCAAGACCCACAAGGAACGAGUCGAGGGUCUGAACACCUAUCUGUCCAAGUUGAGCGAGCAUCACGACAUGCCCAAGAUUGGCCCUGGAUAG